AUGGCCAUCAGCAGGAACGGGUGCAUUAACAUUAUUGCAAUUCUUUCGAAUUCGAUUGAUACAAAAUUGGACGGAAAAAUUGCUUUUACUUGGAUCGGACAUGCUGGUUGUCAUUUUCGUAUACCCAUACCAGAUUCCGAUCAGGUUGUUACUGUGUUGACUGAUCCGGUCUUGUCAAACCGUUGCUCACCUUCUCAGAUUAUGGGACCUGCUCGUCUUCAAGAAGCACCAACAAGUGUGGCAGAAAUGGCAGAAAGUCAAGUAGCAGACAUUUGGCCGGAUGUGUUGGUUUUAAGUCAUAAUCAUUACGAUCAUUUGGACUACAAUACGAUCAAGUACUUUUUUGAUAGCAAUACGGCCGGAAAACCUGUCCCGUAUGUGUUCUGUUCGCUAGGCGUUGCGCAAUUCUUUUACGAUAUCGGCUUCCCGAAAGAAGGUGUUACCGAAUUGGAUUGGUGGCAGCAACGUGAGAUCAGUUGGUCAUCCCCACAAAACCAUGAAAAAGCUCUAAAGCUAACAUGUGUUCCCGCACAACACUUUUCUGGAAGGUCACUCUCGGAUAGGAAUAAAUCCGUUUGGGCAGGUUGGGUAUUCGAAGCUUUAUCGAAAGAUGGAAACACCAAAGGAAAGAAGGUAUACUUUGCCGGUGAUUCAGGGUAUAGACAAGUAAAUCGUGAACAUCUUCAAAGUGGGUAUGCGGAUGACACGCUCCCUUAUUGCCCUGCUUUUGAAGAAAUCGGUGACUUGUUUGGUCCGAUCGAUUUUGCUGCUAUCCCUAUUGGCGCUUAUAAACCCAGAGUUGCAAUGUCUGCCAUUCAUAUGAACCCGUUGGAAGCCAUACAAGUACACAAACAAGUACGUUCAAAACAGAGUAUCGGAAUUCAUUGGGGUUCUUUCGCUCUUGCUGCUGAAGGUCAUAACGAACCAAGAAUCACACUCAAAGAAGAAAUGCAAAAAUCCGAUUUACCCUUCGAUCAGUUCACAACGAUGGAAAUUGGACAAACUAGAUAUUUUUGA